CGCCAAAACGCUCAUUUCACAGAAGUAAUAUUUUUCUUUUCGGAAGAAGAUCCCGACAAAGCGGCCCUAUUUCUUUUCAGCCAGUAAAAGUCGAAUAAAUCGAAAACCGACGAUGUACGCCAGGACUAAUACCGGCAGCACACACGGAGACUUUCAGGACAGAAACGGAGUGAAUUAUGUGACAUCGACAGAGUCUUUCGGCCACUGCUCUCAAUUGUUCUGGAAAAAGGAUCCCAACGACUCCGGACCGAGUUCGACCAUCAGCUGGUGCGACCAACUCCCCACGUCCUCGGCGGUCCUCUCCAACUCCAGUCUCUCCUCGGCGUCCCUCUCUAGCUCCAGCCUCUCCCUGGAGUCCCGAGCGCCUCCGCCGCCGCCGGCUGUGACGACGCCGGACGACAUGGACUCGGACGAGAGGCCGUACGUCUGCGACCUGUGCACCUGCGCCUACAAGCACGCCAGCUCCCUGCUCAACCACAAGCUCACCCACAAGACCGGAGACUUCAGGUGUGACUUUUGCAGUAAGCCCUACACCAACUACAUGUCCCUGCGCAACCACAUGCGGAUCCACGGGCAGAAGCGCUACAUGUGCGACCUGUGCGGGAAGGCGUUCCGCCUGGCCCGGUACCUCCGCAACCACCAGAGGAUCCACGACGACGGGCCCAACCGCUUUGACUGCCCCUCGUGCUGUAAGAGCUACAGGACCAUGCUGGAGCUGGCCCAGCACCGCUGCACCGCCGCCGCCACCAACCAGAACCGGUUCAACUGCCCGUCCUGCUUUAAGAGCUACCGAACCAUGCUGGACCUGGCUCAGCACCGGUGCAGCGCCGCGGCCAAAAACCAGUCUGGCAGCCGUCGUUCCAGUUACGGCGCCAACGCCCGACGUCAGCAGCAGCAGCAGCAGCAGCAGCAGAACAGCACCAACUCCAUGAUGCAACCGCCGCAUGGAGGACACAGCCAGCAGGAAGCCCUGCCCCCCCACUGCGUCUCCCCCAUGUCCCAGGGAGGGCAGGGCGGCGUGUCCAGCCAGUCUGUGCCUGACCCCCACCAGGGCCGUCCCAGCUCAGUGUCCUCCCAGAGCAGCCAGCAGAGCAUGAGGAGCUCGUCCUCCAACAAACACAUCUCUUCCUCCGGUGCCGCCCCGUCCUCCUCCUACUCCCUGCUCCAGCCCCUGGUGCCUGAGGUAAAGGAGCUGAGCUCGGGAUACACUAGGCUGAGCGCCAACCCCAUGCCGAAGCACCAGGACACUUUCUCUCUGGCCCCCCAGCGGCCCCUCACCAUCAACCCCAUUGGCCACUCCCUCCAUCCGAACGGAGCGCCCACGCUCAAGCCUUCCCCCGUGCCACGCACCAUCCAGGCCAUGCCCUGGGAGCAGCGCUCCCUCUACAAUCAAUGAACCCCCACCCCACCCCCCCCUCUCCAGGAACCAGCUGCCCCCCUUCCCAUCACGUUGCGUCCAGUACCACGUACCCUCCCCAUCCUUCCUACACCCUUUUCGGACCCAGCAUCAAGGAGGGAGGACUUUGGACGCCACUUCCCCACUUUGCCCCUCCUUUUUGGAACGUUGUGUUUGGGAUUGGGGGGGGGGGCAUCGUUGAGAACUAGUUGAGAUUGAAUAACUGAGUAGUUAGGUUUAAAAAAAGAAAAAAAAAAUGUGUUGCCUUGACCCUCAUGUAUGAUCUAUGCCAUGUACUGGAUAUAAGUUAAAAUGUCUGUCUCCUCACUUAAGAAUUGAUCCCCCUCUCAUAAGGAAAAUAUCUACACCCCCCCCCCCCCCCCAUUAGGAUUACAGCCCCUCCCCAUGUGUUAAAUAAAACUAAAUGCUAUUUUGUAUAUGGAAAUUCCUCUGAGUUGGAUAUGUUUCUUGGAAACAUAAAAGCUGACCAUCAAGUGAAAGAAAUUUGGGGGGGGGGGUGACCCCCCUGUCUCUCUCGCUGUUGUGUUGUUUCCAAACGUUUAACAUGCUCCAGAAGUCUCCAGCACGCCUCUCCCCUCCGAGCAACGACGUCCUAAGGGGGAGUAGUCCGGCAGCGUGAAGGACGUCCAGCCUCCGGGGGGGGGGGGGGGUCCUUCGCUGUAACCCACAACUCAAUUUUGUUCCAAGCCUGCACACCUGUCGGUGGGGGGUGGGCAAAUUUAGGAAAGGAAUGCAGUACGAGUCUCCACCCCUUGCAGUUGCUACGCCGCAACUGUCCACAUGUCUGUUCCUCUCACUUUAAAGCACUUUAAGACAAGUGCUGUAUAAUUAUUACCCCCCCCCUGUGAAGAUGUAACGUGUCUUACAUCCUGUGCCCCCCACCCACCCGCUCUCAUGACUGCAGCAGCUGAGGGUCCAGCUUGAGCCUGACACCACUGCUGCAUCUGGAAGCUAUAGUGGCCAAAAUGCAGUAAACCUGCAGCCCCCCCCCCCCUUACUGCUCCCAGGAUGGACAUAGUAAACCGCCCAAACCCUUCGGGGUGUUUCGAUAAACAGCCAAUCACACACCCGCGUCAGAGUGAAGGAAGUGAAUUAUGAUUUUGUCUUUUUGUAAACGGUCAGUUUUGACAUAACAGUUUUUAAUCAUGGCUCCGAUGUGUAGUUCUGUUACGUUUCUCCCGCUAACACGGCGUUUGUCAAAAGACCCACAAUUCUACUGACAUUGUAUUUUCUCUUUUUAAAGUUGUUUCUAUUUUUAUUCAUGACAUGUUUCCAUUGUUGCUUUCUCUUUCUCUCCUUGUAAAGUGUCUGAGUAUUUAGAAAAGUGCUAUACAAAUAAAAUGUUUUAUUAUUAUCACCA